CCACACGGACGAGCUCGUAGUCAUCAUUCGUAGGCUCCGGCAAACAUUAGCACAGCGAGGCAAAUCACUUUAAGGGGAAACCCUCGUCUUCUCAUCACCCAGGAAGCCUUUUUGUACAGACAAACCAUGGAGUUCCAAGACUACUCGUUUAGCAUGCCGACUUGUUACCAACUGGGUAUUCCAAGUGAGAACACUCCAAUGGCCCAGUACUCACCGUACCAUUACGCUCCCCAAGUAACGAUGCCAAUUCCUCACCCUAUGUACGACUACAAUCUAGAACCCGCGUUUAUUCGCAAGCGAAACGAAAGGGAGAGGAUCCGUGUUCGGCAUGUCAAUGAGGGAUACGCGAGGUUGAGAGAACAUUUACCUGAAGAACCGUCUGAUAAGAGAAUGUCUAAAGUAGAGACAUUGCGAGCCGCUAUACGGUACAUUAAACACCUAGAAAGUCUGCUACAAGCCGAAGCUGCAGGGAGCUCUGAGGGGAACAAGUCGGAUUCAAGUUGCGAGGGGAAUAAAAGCUGAAAGCACACGAGUUGAGAAAAUAGAAUUUAACUGUGCCGAGUCCUGGACACAUGACUCUUUUGAUUUAAAUCAAAAAGAGCGAAGUAGAAAGCAUAGGAUUUCCGAACAAAAGUUAACUUUGUAAAGGUAAUAUGGUCAAGCUAGGUUGGAGUUGCCGUUCGAGUGUGCUAACAAAUGAACAAUGCCAAAAUGAACAUUUCCAUUUGAAGACGUUUGUAUAUAUGAUAUUGUACAGUAGUCCGAACACAAGACUAGUUAUUUGUAAUUUUUCAGAGCAUUUAGAAUAUAUGAAUUAUUGAUAAAUCCCGCGUUAAAAAGUCA